AUGAAAUAUAAUAAAAUAAUUGAUAUAGACACAAGUGAAUUUCCAUCCAAAAAAUUUUAUGAUAUAUUAAAUAUAGAUGCUAGGAAAUAUGGAGAUAAAGCUAUAUAUUGUACAUAUAAUCAAGAAUAUUUAAAUAAAGACAAAAUAAGUCAACUACUUUGUUCAAAAUUUAUAAAAUACAUACUGAAUAAAGAUACUAUAUGGAAUGAAAAGCACUAUGAUGGUAAACGAUGCAACCUUUUAAGCUACUGGUUGUAUGAACAAUUAGAAACAAGGUUUAAAAGUAGUCCAGAUGUGAGUAAAAAUAUUUACCGCAUAAUUGUAGAUAUAUGGGAAAAAGUUCCUACUGUUUUCCGAAAACCUAAUUAUAAAAUAUGUCAUAUUGAUAACAAAAUGAAUUUUUACCAUGAUUGGAAAAAUGUGAAGGAGCUAUAUGAUUAUUACACAGACUUUUAUGUAAUUAAAAAUAAAAGUGAUUCUGAUAAAAACGAAUGCAAAAAAUAUUAUAAAUACAUAGAAAAAAAAGAACAUCUGUAUAAUCAUUUUAAGGAACUUUGUGAAACAGAUCACUCAGAUAAAUGCCCAAAUUUUUAUGAAGAUAGCAAAAAGUACCAUCCAACAAAUGUGUUACAUAAGCUUAAAUGUCAUGAAGAAACAGGCAACGAAGACGACGUUACAAGAGCGUUAGAAGAACACAAAGAUUCAAUGCAUUCAUAUGAAUUCGAAAAUACACACUAUGUAGCUGAAUAUAUACCAGUAACGGAUCAUGAGGGGGAUUACCUUUCUGAUUCUACAUCAAAGACAACUAAAUAUUCUCAAGAAUCUCAGUUUUUAAUUCACAAUUAUACUGCAUUAAAAAUAUUUAGCACUGUGUUUUUUGGAACAUUAAUGAUAUUUAUCUUAUUUGUUCUUUCAUAUAAGGUAAAUAUUAAAUUGAUUAUUACAAAUAAAUUCUACCAACUUACACCUAUUCACCAUAUAUUACGUCAUAAGUUUAGAAUGAUAAAAAAUAUGAUAAAUAAUGUAAAUGAAGGAGAUAAUAGCACAUUAAAAUAUACACCAGUCACACUAAAUCCAUAUUCAGAUCAUCUAGAUGGACAUUAUAUAAUACGCUAUUUUUCUUAA